CUGAAAUGUUACCAGUCAUAAAUGAUAAAUCUUCCACUCCUUGGCUUUGAUUACUCUCCCUAUCUUCAGUUCUUCACACACAGCAUUGAAGAUCGCACCUAAUUAUCGGUUACGUACAAAUAAGUGACCCGAUAUUGUCAAUAGUUUCCCACUUCACUUUAUGAAGAAAUGAUCCAUCUGUUGUCAGAAGAUGGAGACCAUUAUGCAUAUGACACUGUUCCGAUGAAAUAUUUCUCGAGUUUCCGUUGAAACCUUGAAAAUGAUCAUUUCAUUUUCUGGAGAUGCUCUGAGUUUUUUCUCAUUUUCUUUGCUUUUACUUUUUCUCUCUCUCACAGAUCUGUGGGGUGUAUCUUGAAUAUUUAGAAACAGAAUUCACGUCAUUUUCCAAAAAUGAAAAUCCAUAGAAUGCAUUGAAAAUCAAAGACCGUUUUUUUUCUUGACUAUUUUGUUUAUAAAUUUUGUUGGGUUCUUUGAUUUCAGAGUUGUCCGAGUUUUCCUGAAAAGAGGUGGAAUUAAAUUUGACGAGGAAAGAAAAAUAUUGAAAAGAUUUGUGGUGAUUCUCCAAUCGUCAAACAAUAGUAAUCUCUAUUUUAUAGAGGGGUAUAAUAGAGAAAGAAAAUCCCUUCAAUUUCUCUCUUCCUCUCCCAUUUAAUUUUCUCUGUUUUUUCUCAUUCCUUUUGGGAAUCCUCUGUCUAGGGGAGAGAACCAGUGAAAACUCUCUCUCUCUCUGUCUCUCUACCUCUACCUCUACCUCUCUGUCUUUCUCACUCUUCUCUGUUUGAAGAAUCAUCAUGUUGAUUUUUGACAAGGCUUCAAUGUAUACAAACCUUGAAUGCUUUUUGGAUUGUGUAACUCCAGUUGUUCCAUCCCAUUUGCUGCCCAAAAGUGACAUGGAGAAUCUGAAUGGUUUAUGGCAUCCAUGGGAAAGAGAAAACUUAGACUAUUUUACAUUGGGUGAUCUCUGGAAUUGUUAUGAUGAAUGGAGUGCUUAUGGUGCUGGAGUUCCAAUUACUCUUGAUGAUGGCCAAAAUUUAGUGCAGUAUUUUGUGCCUUAUCUCUCUGCAAUCCAAAUCUUCACCAGCAAUUCUUCUGUGAACUGUGUAAGGGAAGAGACUGACACCAUAAGUGAGACAAGGGAUUUCUUUAGUGAUUCAUUGAGUGAUGAGAGUGACAGCGAGAAGCUUUAUAGAUGGGAUGGGUGUUCGUCUGAGGAAGGAUUAUUCGAGCACGAUAACUUUUGGCAUCCCAAUGAUAGAUUGGGUAAUCUUUACUUUCAGUACUUUGAGAGAAAUUCUCCAUAUGAAAGAGUUCCUCUCAUGGACAAGAUCAAUAGCCUAGCUCAAAGAUACCCGGGAUUAUCGUCACUAAGAAGUGUAGAUCUUUCACCUGCUAGCUGGAUGGCUGUCGCUUGGUAUCCGAUCUACCACAUUCCAAUGAGAAGAACCAUUAAAGACUUGCACACAGGCUUUCUCACGUACCACACCAUUUCUUCUUCUUUUCAAGAAAUGGACCUUGAGGAUGACAAGGGGUGGAGUGCUGAAAGUAAAAGAAAGGAAGGAGAAUGCAUCUCUCUCCCUCCAUUUGGUAUGGCCACUUAUAAAAUGCAAGGGGAUGUGUGGGUCUCGAACAAGAAUGGUAGGGAUCAAGAGAGGUUGGUGUCUCUUUUGGGCGUCGCAGAUUCCUGGCUAAAGCAAUUAAGGGUCCAACACCAUGACUUCAACUACUUCAUGGGAUUUGGUUCGGGUAAGACCAGAACCAAAGAUAUUUUCUCAAACCACACAAUAGGGACCAAAUAUUAGUAUUGGGACUUUUGGUUUUCCUUACUUGUGUUGAUAGGAAGCAUGAGAAUUAGCAGCCUUAUGGUGGAAUUAGUGUAUGACUUCUCUUUGUUGAUAUUUUAGCAUUAGUAUCUUACCUGAUUGCUUAACGACACCAUUCUGGUUUUGAGUUUUGCAAGCUAUGGAUGUUUAAUUUACGGGGACGAGAAAUAGAGAGGGAGAGAGACGCCCCUGCGGGGCUUUUGUAAGUUUGAACUAAUUCAUGCCUGUACGUAGAGGAGAGAAAUGCUUGUAGCCUUUGUAAAUCUUUUUGGUACUGUAACAUGCUUGAGUGAGCUAAAAUAUUUUUUUCCUGAGUAUGGUGAAGGUCGAAACUACGUUAUUUAUCUUA